CAUUUGUACUAUAUUAGAUUUAAUAUUUCAAUAAAAAAGUUGUUUAUGAUGAUACGGAAUAAAAUCGACUUAAGUGAAUAUUGUCGUGGUUGUUUAACAAAAGACAGGCGUUUGGUUCCAAUUGACAAUCUCUUUCAAAUGUUUCUUAAAAUAAUGGAUGGUGAAGUUAUUAGCGCUGCCGACCUGACUAACGUUCCGAGAAUGUGUUGGGAAUGUCGAGCUAUUUUACGAAAUACGGAAAAGUUUAUAGAAAAAGCCAAAACAGCUCAUGGGUUUUUUACAGAGGCAAGCAAAAAAAUGAUUCAAGCCAAGAGUCUCUCCAACCUCACGACAAUAAUUAACAAAUACAACUUCGAAGAAACAUUAAAUGAUUCCGAAAUCGAAAUCAGUGGGAAGAUCGAUAACAUUUGUCCACAAUUGGAUGUUGAUUUAAAAGAAGAAUAUUUAUCAAAUGAUGAGAAAAACGACCCAGAUUAUUAUGGUGAUAUCAAAGAAGAAACUGUUGAAACAGAUGAAUAUUUUAAGGAAGAAACUGAAACAGAUGAAUAUUUUAAGGAAGAAACUGAUACAGAAGGACAUGUUAAAGAAGAAACAGAUCAGUCAAUAAAAAGAGAAGGUAUUCAAAAUACAGCCAAAAAACAGAUAAGAAAAGACAAAGUUAAAUCAAUUAAAGCGAAGUAUAAACUUAUUUCUCUAAAACAAGGUGACGCAAUUACUCCCACUUUUGAAACGAGGCAAAUAGAUGAAGAGGAGAGAAUAUAUUGGGGGGAACAAGAUAAAACUGCAAGGAAUUAUCGUUGCAUGCCGUAUAAAUGUGAGCUUUGUAUCACCGGUUACGCGAAACAGAAGUACUACGACCAACAUAUGAAGAAAUUUCAUUCUCCGGUGAACGGUAAAUUCGAAUGCGAUAUUUGCAAGAAGAGAUUAAUUAACAAAAUAAAACUGACAAACCAUAUCCGAAAUCACUAUAUAAAGUAUGUAUGUCUGGUAUGUCAAUACGAGAACUACCGCAAGUGGAAAAUGAGCGCGCAUCUAUCCUACGCGCACAAAAGAGCUGUUAUGUGUUUAACGUGUGGAUUGAAGUUUGAAAAAAGCCUAGAUUUCUACAAACAUUAUAAUGUUCUGCAUGCCCACGUCAUAUGUGAUUAUUGCGGGAAGAAAUGGAACAAUAAAGAUCGUUUAAUUAAGCAUAUAAGACUACGUCAUUAUGUACAUAGAUGCGACAUUUGUAAUCGUAAUUACUCGUCCUUCGAUGCUCUCGCUCAUCACACGAGAUUGAAUCACGUGAAAUCAAGAAUGGAGGAAUGUUAUUGUGUCGAAUGUAACAUACAGUUCGAAAAUAUAUCACGUUAUACAGUGCAUUUGAAGACCAGCGUCAAACAUAAGAAAUUUGUUGGAAUACCUUGUCCGGAAUGCAACAAAGUGUAUCACAAGAAAACCUCAAUGAACAAUCAUUAUAAAUACGUGCAUCUUAAGAAGACGGCAAAUUAUUGUGAAAAAUGUUCCAGGUACUUCCUCACUGGUUACCGUCUCCGACAACACCAAGCACGGACUCAUGAUAAAAUAGAACCAAUCAAAGACAAGAUUUGUCCCCAUUGCGGGCGUGCUUUUUCGACCAAUCGUAUUUUAAAUAAUCAUAUACGCACACAUACUGGCGAACGUCCCUUUGUGUGUGACAUCUGCUCAUCGAAGUUUACACAAAAAACAGCUCUGGUUGUACAUAAGCGUUCUAUACAUAAAAUAGGUAAAUAAAUCUCGAAUAAAUAUGAUUUGUUAGGUUUAUUAAUGGAAAUACAAUAAAUAUGUUUAGAAAAUUAUUUAUUUUUCUC